GGGGUCCAACUCAAAGGCAGUGGGCCAAGUUACUAAAUUGGGCUUGUUUCUAUUUAAAUGGACCAAAAGUUUAGUCUUUUUAAAUUUUAAAUUUAGUUAAUUCCGGUUUUGGCUGGUUAACCUACCCGGUUCUGACCGGUUUUUGACUAAAACGGCAGUUUAUUCCGGUUUAUAAACUGACAGUUUUUAGGCUAAUAAAAUCGGAUUCCUUACCAACAGUGCCAAAUACCCUUAUACAUGACAUUCGCCGCCUCCAUCUGCCAUCGCUGCUUCGGUUGUGCUCGCGACUCCUGAAGCUAAAAUCGAUAAGGUGCUGUUCCUUCGAACCCACAAUAAAGACAAUAAAGGGUCCAGAAUAGAUGCCAUUAUAAUAAAAAGUGCGUGAAAUAUCCGCACGCGUGACGGGAGUCUGGGCAAAACGCCACCACUGACCACCAAUGAUCGCAACCCUUGCCAGUAAUACGUUAGGAAUCCUGCGCCACUUCCGUUCUUCUUCUUCUUCUUCCUACUCUCUAGAUAUCAAGUUUCAUGCCCUAACCUCCAUCAUGGAUUCCAUUAACAUUAACGGAAGCUCAUCUUUCUCCACCUCUGCUCGUUCUUCUAGAAGUGGUGGUGGAGGUAGAGGUUCAUCAAUGAAAGAAAGCCAUGGAAGGUCAAGGGGCCGAGGUGGAGGUGGGCAAGAUAGAAUUGAUGCUCUUGGCAGGCUCUUGACCCGUAUCCUGCGACAUAUGGCUUCUGAGCUGAAACUAAAUAUGAGGAGUGAUGGGUAUGUCAAAGUUGAAGAUCUAUUGAGACUCAACAUGAAAACAUUUGCCAAUGUUCCAAUAACUUCUCAUACAAUUGAUGAUAUUAAGGAGGCUGUGAGAAGGGACAAUAAACAGAGGUUUAGCUUGCUUGAAGAGAAUGGGGAGCUUUUGAUUCGUGCAAACCAAGGUCAUACAGUAACUUUGGUUGAGACAGAAAGUUUACUUAAACCCAUCCUCUCACCUGAAGAAUUUCCUGUUUGUGUGCAUGGAACCUACGGAAAGAAUUUAAAAUCAAUAUUGGAGACUGGUCUUAAACGCAUGCAAAGGCUACAUGUCCAUUUCUCUUCUGGAUUACCAACCGAUGGUGAAGUAAUUAGUGGAAUGAGGAGGGAUGUGAACGUGUUGAUAUUUCUUGAUAUUAGGAAAGCUAUUGAAGGGGGGAUGAAGCUUUACAUAUCGGACAACAAGGUGAUCUUAACAGAAGGUUUUGAGGGUGUUGUCCCUGUCAAGUAUUUUGAGAGGAUAGAGUCAUGGCCAGAUAGGAAGCUUAUACCUUUUUAAUACACUCUCAUCCCCUAAAAUUUAGCAUCAUGAUUUCGGAAAACCCACCCACAUUACAUGUAAGUGUCAUACUACUUAAAUGAAACUCAUUAAAUAGACUUUUACCGGAAAUGUGGAUAAAUCAAUAGGUAAAAUACAUAGAUACAUAAUAGGUUGUGUUUUUUUUUGUAUUUUGUCAUAUAAAUAUCUACUCUUGAUACAAGAUAACAUUUUAUUACAAAAUGUGUGGCAAAUUGUUAAACCGAUUACAAAAGUCGGGUAACCGGUUAAUUAACACUAUUCGGUUUGUAGGUCUA